AUGAAGUCACGGCUCAACACUGAUAUAUGUUCCGCAGAUUCAUCCAUAGUAAACAGAGUAUGGUCAUGUUCUCAGAGUGUCGCCGAGCCAGCUAGCGACCUCAAUAAAUGUUUGGAUCGUUUGUUUUCUCCGGCACUUUCUCCUGCAAGGCAGUCUCACACACAAGUCUUGUUCUCCUCGUCACCAUUUGCUUUCACCGUUAACGCUCCAUCACCGGAAAUGAUCUGCUGGUCGGAGUCUUGCCGUGAAGCGCAGGCGCAGUCAACGUUUCUGCGGUGCUCCGAAACUUCCAACCACAGCCGAUGUCUGAAAGGAAAGGACAGUUCUUCUGAUAGAAGGGUCUCUGAAAAUUUGGGAAAUCUUCAAACGAUCAGACAAGGCCGGCCAGGAAUGAUGAUAGUUGCCCUGUUUGUCUUCAUCCUGGCAUUAAACGUAGCGCAGUCGCAGUCGCGGAGUGUUGGACUUUGUCGCGGGGUUCCGUGUGCCAAUGGAGGCCGCCUCCUGGUGGACAACAGCGUCUGGGGACACUGCAGAUGUCGCUGCAGAUCCGGCUUUGUCGGCCCAUACUGCCAAUAUGUGUUGGCCGAAAAAAGAAGCUCUGAAAGCACUACAAGUGUAGAUGAGCGAAGACUUUCGCGACCUGACGCCCUGGACAGAAUCCGCAUGAGGCUUCUAGACUUGUCUCAAAGACUGGCCUCAUACCAAGCGUCCAGCAACGGGACAGCAGUAGCUACUCCUGGCGUCCGGGACAGCCCGCCUGGUUAUGCUGAUGAAGGGGAGAUGCGGUCCGUGUUAAACAACGAGGAGUUGGGCAUGGAGUCCUCACAGUACCACAGAAUUCGGCCGUUUUGGUUCUCCACUUACUUCCGAAGAUAA